AUGCCUCGCGACGGCCCCACACGCGUCUCGUGGCCCGUUAAAGUUUUCACUCGAACCGUGGUCAAACAGCCUUGGGCGGCGCUCGCGUGCGCGUUGGGUCUCAUCGCGCUCGCAGCGUACGCUAUCGCGACGAAAGACGUCGCGCUGAGCAUAGACACGUCAUUGGAAUCGUAUCGUGCGCGAGGGACGCCGAGGACGACGAGGGCGCUGGCGGUGGGGCUCGCGAAGCGCUGGAGCGCGGCGACGCCGUUGGAUUUGCAAUCGAGGCGACUGGCGCGGCGGAGAUUAUUGGUGACGAAUGCGUCGUCGAGCGAUGGACUCGCACCACCACCGCUGCCGCCACCGCUGCCGCCACCGCUGCCACCAUCGCCGCCGCCACCACCGCCGUUCCUUGGUUUGCCGCCAACGAGAAGGCUCGCGUCGAGUCUCGAUCGGCGGAUUUUGGGAUUGAACGCGAAAUCGGGCGUCGACGGCGGCACGGGGGCGAAUGAAUUUCACGUCAUCGUCAGUCGAGUGGAUCGCAAGGGUGACACACCGAGUGAUAUCGCGAACGCACUUCGCCAAGUGUGCGUUUUAAAGCAUAACAUCGAGCACGCGUGGGGCUACGAGGACACGUGCGAGGAGGAUCGAUACGGGGACGGAUGCGCGGCGGCGUUUAGUAUUUUUGACAUCGAGAAUAUGUAUCGAUUGGUGGGUUUAUGGGACGUCUUCGAAGGCGCACAGAAGCUUGGGCAAGGGACGUUUGCAGAAGUAUCGGCGCGCUUGGAUUUUAUUCGCGAUCAAUGCGGAUAUCGAAUGUUUACGCGCGAGAUCGUCGAGGCGGCGCAUCGAUCGAUGUGCGACGCCGUCGCCGCGUGUCACGAAUAUCCUUGCGACGUCACGAGUAGCGCGCGAUGCAUGAUCGGAGAGUUUAAGAUUGGUAUUUGCGAUUUUAUAGAGCACGUGGAUCCUACGGUCGGGGAGAUAAUCGCCGUCGCGAAGAUGAAUAAAAACCUCGACGCGGUGGCGUGCCGUGAAAUCGAUGCGGUUGCUGUGUGGGAUACAAUGCUCGGGAUAGAAGUGAUUUUACGCUGGUCCAGCUCGUGGGACGCAAUCGAGGCUUUCGGGGCACCGUUCGGAAUAUUAUUAAACGAUGCUUUCUUGCCAAACAUGGCGCAAGAGCGAGGCGAGCCGCGCAGGAUGGCCAUCGUGUUUCGGCUUUCAUACAGUGAUCAGUCGACGAUUUGGGUUAAGAAUGUGGCUCGGCACGUCAUCGAACAUUUCAACUCUGACGUCUCAUCUGUUUCCACGGGAACCUUCGCUUCCUGGCGGCACAUUAAUGCGUACAACUCGAUGCUGGAUGAUCGUCUCGCGAAGGAUUGCGUAUUCGCCGUGGGCUCGCUGUGUGUGACGGUGGCGUUCAUCGCUUUGCACACCCGCUCGCUCUCACUCGCCAUUUGCAGCAUGAUUAGUAUAAUCGGUGCGACUCUUCUCACGCAUGCGACUUACUAUGAAGUGUACAGACGAGAAUGGUUCGGCAUAAUUCAUAUUGCGGGAAUUUUCCUAUCUAUCGGCAUCGGCGCCGACGACGUCUUCGUGAUUUACGAUCAUUGGCAGGCGAGCGCGAACAACGUCGAGGAAAAAGAGAGCCUGGACGCAACUUUAGAAGAACGCAUGCAAUGGACCCUACGUCACUCGGCAUUUAGUAUAAGUAUCACAUCUUUCACUACGGCGGCGGCUUUUGCAAGCAGCAUUCCGAGCUCCAUUCCUCCCGUUCGGCUAUUUGGCACAUUUAUGGCGACGCAGAUUAUUUUUCUCCUACUCGUCAGUAUCGUCGUGACAUCUUCGGUGUUGAUUUUGAAUGAAAAGUGGAAGCGCAUCGCGGUCUCGAGAAACCGCGUGAUGCCUUCUCAAGAGGAAGUAGUCGACGUAAAUCCGACUGUGGUGGCUCGUCGUGGAUCUGCGCAACGGAGAGCGACAAUCGAUUUUGGUGACUUUCCUGAAACUCUCAGUCGUGUCAUCCAUAGGCGCAUGGCAUCCGCACCAUUAGAUCCGGUUGCGUUAACACUACGUCCAUCAUUUGCCGUCGAAGGACGCCCUUUGAUAGAUGAAGCAUCGUCCGCAUCGACGUCUCCAGCGCUCUCACCUCGGAGGACGUCGCGUCGUCGCCGGGAUUUACUUGCUGCGACGUUUACUCGCCUCGUGUAUUGGAAGUGGACGCUUAAUGUGGUAUUUGUUGCCAUGAUUGUCGGCGCCGUGCUUCUUGGGCUCAACAUCGUGAAGCAAACCGGCGACGAGUCACUGUCUCUGUGGCCAAAAGGCCACGUUAUCCACGAUUACACGCUCGCCGCGCAGAGUUUUAACUCGUCUCGCUACGAAGAAAGCGUCCUCGUCCAGUUCACAUUCGGCCUCGAUGCCGCGCGCUCGAGCGUGUCCGCUAUAUCUGAUAAGUCUCUGUCGUACUCUGGCGUUCCAGUGUGGCUCGUUGAGCCGAAUGCGUCGUAUGAUUUUUCCGACGAAGACUCUCAGAUAUGGUUGCUAGAAUUCUGUGCCGAGCUUAGAUCGAUGCGCGAUCGCAUCGUGUCUCCAACGACGGUCAAUUGUUGGAUAUAUGAUCUUGAUGUAUGGCUCAAAGACGGAGGAUUACUCGGUGCACACAUCGACGGUUUACCCAUCGCUCGACAAGACUUUCGUUACGCCGUUCGAACGUUCGCCAAUCACGUGAAUACGUACGGCUUACUGCGCUUCAUACGAAAUAGAGACGACUGCGACAAAUAUCGCCUGGGCGAUGAUCUCUGUGUCGCAUACUCAGCAAUCACGGUACCGACGUCGGCGCGCAGGGUGUCUACGGCUGAUGAAAUCAGAAAAGCGCACGAUUUCUGGGAAACGUGGUUUGCGGCAAAGAUCUCGACUGGGCCUCCGGAGACGCGCGGCGCGUUUCAAUCAAGCGAUACGUGGGUUCUCGCAGAUACGGUUGACGAACUUAAAUCAGCCGCUUCGUUGACCGUCGUAUAUUCGUUAGUUUUGGCGUUUAUGGUUCUAUUUCUUUGCACCUUGAGCGUCAAAAUCGCCGCCGCAGCGACGUUUUGCAUCGCCUCCGUCGUAGUAUACUUUGUCGCCUUCAUGGCGCUUCGCGGAUGGCGUCUGGGCAUCAUCGAAUCCGUGUGCGUGCAGAUUAUUGUCGGUCUCAGCAUCGAUUAUAUCAGCCACAUCGCUGUCGCGUACGUAUCAACGCAUAACCAACCCAUGACAAAGGACGAGCGUUCACUCUCGGCGCUCCGCAUCGUCGGAGGCGCCAUCACCGCCGGCUGGUUCUCAUCCAUCGCCGCCGCGGCAUGCUUGCUCGGAUGUACCAUCGUCUUCUUCACAAAGUUCGCAACCUUCAUCGUCGUCACGCUCACCGCGAGCUUCAUCCACGCCGUCGUCGUGUUGCCCGUCGUGUUGGCCGCGCUCGGCCCGGCGUACGUCCAGCCGCCGCCGCGAUGA